AUGGCUCUCGUCCAAAGAGCCUCACCAAAACGCCUCACCAAUCUUUUCCGAUUCCCAAAGCGGUCCCUCAGGUCCUUGAGAUUCCCGGGCGAGUCCAACGACUGUUCAUCUUCCCCAGCUCUCGCUUAUGGAAUCCACGUCUUCCAUUGCCCGGAUGCAGUUGGGAUUGUGGCCAAGCUAUCCGAGUCCAUUGCUUCCAGAGGAGGUAACAUACUCGGUGCCAAUGUGUUUGUGCCGGAAAACAAGCACGUCUUCUAUUCCAGAAGUGAGUUUAUUUUUGAUCCUGUUAAAUGGACAAGAUCACAAAUGAAUGAGGAUUUCAGUAAGCUAUCACAAAUUUACGCCGCUCAUAGAUCUGUGGUCCGAGUGCCGGAUCAAGACCCCAAAUAUAAGAUUGGUGUCCUUGCCUCAAAGCAGGAUCAUUGCUUGAUUGAUUUGUUACAUCAGUGGCAGGAUGGUAAACUGCCGGUAGAUAUAGCUUGUGUAAUAAGUAAUCACGAGAGAGGUCCGAACACUAGUGUGUCUCGGUUUCUAGAAAGACAUGGUAUACCGUAUCAUUGUCUUCAUACAACUAAAGAGAAUAAUAAAAGAGAAGAGGAUAUAUUGAAGUUGGUUCAAAAUACCGACUUUUUAGUCCUUGCGAGGUACAUGCAGAUAUUAUCUGGCGAUUUUUUAAGUAGCUACGGGAAAGAUGUGAUUAACAUUCAUCAUGGUCUAUUGCCAUCAUUUAAGGGUGGAAGACCAUCUAAACAGGCUUUUGAUGCAGGGGUGAAGCUUAUUGGUGCAACAACGCAUUUUGUGACCCAAGAACUUGAUGCAGGGCCUAUCAUUGAGCAGAUGGUUACACGAGUUUCCCACAAAGAUAACUUGCAGAGUUUUGUGCAGAAGUCGGAGAACCUUGAAAAACUAUGCCUUUUAAGAACCAUCAAAUCAUACUGUGAACUGCGGGUAUUACCAUAUGAGGAUAACAAGACUGUUGUGUUCUGA